GCGAAACAAUGCCGGAAAUGAUUCACAAGAAGCUCUCGCUAUACGCUGAGUUCUCCGAAUUUUCCAGGAAACAAAUCAGAUUUUUCAACGAAACUUUCAAAAAGUAUGAUGAAGAUGGUGAUGGAUUUAUUGAUUUCGACGAAUUGAAAAGAAUGAUGGAAAAGCUUGGUGAAGCUCAGACACACAUAGCUUUGAAGGAAAUCAUAAGGAAGGUUGAUGAGGACAAAGACAACAAAAUCUCGUUACGAGAAUUUUUCCUCAUCUUCCGCCUGGCUGCUCAAAAUCAACUCGGUUGCUCAGAGGUGUUCCAAACUCUAGUCGACAGUGUUGAUGUAACAAAAGAAGGUGUUCUUGGUGCUGCAAGCUUUUUCCAAGCAAAGAUCGAAGAACAAACCAAACUCUCGAAAUUCGAGCAAGAAAUCAAAGAAGAACAAGAAGAACGUAAACAUCAAGAAGAAGAGAAGAAAGCUCGACGAGAGAAAUUUCUCCAAAAUAAAAGCAUAUUCCAGUGAAUUUUGUUUGACAUUUUGUUAUGUCGUUUUGUAAGCAUCGACUGCUUGUCCCUUUGUCUAAUAAUUAUAAUUUUGUUUAUAACAUUUUAUUGCUGUGACUGUACAUAAAUUGUAAAAGGCA